AUGACCGAUGACCGACAGAAGUCAGAAGUCAAAACAGAAUCAAAAUUAGGACUUUACCCUUAGAAAAUAUAAAAUUAUUUUAGUAAGAAAAACGAUAGAUAUUCUCUACAUAAUAAUAGUUUUAUAAUGAAACCGAAUACUGGGCCUUUCAUCGGAGGGUUUCCGCUUCCGCCAGUAGCGGAGGCUCCACCGCCAGCGCCGCCAGGGAGGGUUACUAAAAGGAGAAGAUAUAGGAAGAAAAAACAACAACAAAUUCUUGAUGCGAUUUCCAUCAAGGACCAAAACAUCAGCAAAAAGGACUGCUUGAACAUGACGUGCCCAAUCUGCCUCGACUACCUCCAGCAAGGCAACAUAUCCUCAACCUUAUGUGGCCACAUGUUCUGUACACGGUGCAUUAAGAAGGCUGUGACUAGGAACAAUAGCCAGUGUCCAUCCUGUAGGUGUACCCUGCGUGGGACCAAGAAGCAUCACCCUCUAUACCUGGACUGCGCCGCUAUUUCCCAACCACCGACCGUGGACGAAGAUGAUGAUGCUAAUGAAGUGGUUGCAGAAGAAAAACCGGUAGAUGGCGCUAAAAAUUAAUUCGCCUUUAUAAGGCAUAAAACUAAUAUUUUGUUGAUUCUUGGAUUUGAAUUGUUGGUGCUUUUUAAAAUGAAGUUAAAUUUUAUAAAGUGUUGAUAUUAUAAGAAGUUAUUUUUUGUAUCAAGUCCUAAUUUUGAAUUUGUAUUUUGUUAAAUUAUGUAUUUUACUGUUUGUAUUAAAUUUUGCAGAAUGCAAUGAA